AUGAUCGAGUCCGGCAAGUGGCAGGCUCUGUCUCCUCCUAACAAAGUACAGACGCGCAGGUGUUUGUCCAUAUUUAGCAAGGAUCCGGACUUGAGCGACUGCAGUAGAUCAGUUUCAGGCGCAGGUAGCAGUGCGUUGGGGACCAACGUGGACGACACAGAUUUCGUCGUCCGUAGACCAUGGCUAUCCGAAGGAGCUGAUAUGAUGCAACCUAUCAAAUUAAAGCUGUUGACCCGACCUCGUCUCGUGACAAAUGUCUUGGUAGUCUUGCGCCUGGCGCGGCCCUUCUUGAGUUCUUCGGCCUGGGACAACAUGCAGCGCUAUCCCUUCCCAGCAAUCGCUUCGCAUAGUAACGAGUGA